AACGAACUUCCCAACACAACACAAAAUUAAAACUAAUCCAACGAUUAAACGAAACUAAUUGGAUCAGAAUAAGAGAUUAAGAUAUAUCACUAAUUACAUUGCAUUACAUUCCAUUCUCUAAUCUCUAAUCUAUAAUCUAAUGGCCCUCUCUCUUGCUGCUGCUGCUUCUUCUUCUUCCACUGCCAUUUCUACUUCUUCCUUUCCACGCGCUGACUCCAAAGCUCCGCAAAUCGGUUCGAUUAGGAUUUUGGAGAGGCCUCAACCACGCCCCAAUGGAGUUCUUAAUUUGUCCCAAAAACAGAGAUUGCUGAAACCCCUCAACGCUGAACCUAAUCGCAAUGACUCUAUUGUCCCUCUCGCUGCAACUAUCGUUGAUUCCGAGGAGGAUUAUGAACGAUUGGCAUUCGACCUUGAUAAUGCUUCUCCUCUUGAAAUAAUGGAUAAAGCCCUCCAAAGAUUUGGCAAUGAUAUUGCUAUUGCCUUCAGUGGUGCUGAAGAUGUUGCUUUGAUUGAGUAUGCGCAUUUGACGGGUCGACCCUUUAGGGUGUUCAGUCUUGACACUGGCAGACUCAACCCAGAAACUUACAGAUUAUUUGAUGCUGUUGAGAAGCAUUAUGGAAUCCACAUCGAGUACAUGUUCCCGGACGCAGUUGAGGUUCAGGCCCUGGUGAGAAGCAAGGGGCUCUUCUCAUUCUAUGAGGAUGGGCAUCAAGAGUGCUGCAGAGUGAGGAAGGUGAGGCCCUUAAGGAGGGCUCUCAAGGGCCUUAAAGCAUGGAUAACUGGGCAGAGAAAAGAUCAGUCACCCGGUACUCGGUCUGAAAUACCUGUUGUUCAGGUUGAUCCUGUUUUCGAGGGAUUGGAUGGUGGAAUUGGCAGCCUUGUAAAGUGGAACCCUGUUGCAAAUGUCAAAGGGCAUGACAUAUGGAACUUCCUUAGGACCAUGAAUGUGCCUGUUAAUUCCUUGCAUUCACAAGGGUAUAUUUCCAUUGGCUGUGAGCCGUGCACAAGGGCGGUUUUACCCGGACAGCAUGAAAGGGAGGGGAGGUGGUGGUGGGAGGAUGCCAAGGCUAAAGAGUGUGGUCUUCACAAAGGAAAUUUGAAACAGGAUGAUGCUGCCCAGCUUAAUGGAGUUGCCAAUGCAAAUGACACUUCCACUGUUGUUGACAUUUUCAACACCCCAAAUGUGAUCAACUUGAGCAGGACUGGAAUUGAGAAUUUGGUGAAAAUGGAGAUCCGUAAAGAGCCGUGGCUUCUUGUGCUUUAUGCGCCAUGGUGCCCCUUCUGCCAGGCUAUGGAGGAGUCUUAUAUUGAUUUGGCAGAGAAAUUAUCAGGAUCAGGGGUGAAGGUUGGAAAAUUCAAUGCAGAUGGAGACCAGAAAGCAUUUGCAAAGCGUGAACUGCAGUUAGGAAGCUUCCCUACAAUAUUAUUUUUCCCCAAGUAUUCAUCUCGGCCAAUAAAGUAUACCUCGGAGAAAAGAGAUGUUGAUUCGUUGAUGGCAUUCGUCAAUGCCUUGCGAUGAGUGUUCAUCAAGAAAUUAUUAUUUGUCUUGGUUGUAAUUCAAUUUAGUUGUAUAGGUUCAAAGUUCCUUCCUGAAAUAAGAUUAUCAUUCAUUCUAAGAUUCAGGUAAUUCGUUGGAGUUGGAAUGGCAAGCUUUGACUCUAGUUUAGCAGAAUAAGAUCCCCUCAGUUUUGAAAGUGUGAUGUAUUUGAAUAGUUUUAGUUCUCAGUCAAAGUAAGGUUGUAGCAAUAUAAUAGUCUUUUGUAGUGGGAGUUGUUGAUUACUGGCUUGUUUUAGGUAAAGUGAUUUAUAGGUAUGCGUUGUACUCUCUAAACUAAUAAAGUUUAUUGAAAUUUUGGACGGCACUUUAUUGCUCUUAAA